CAAUUUCCAUCCGUCUUUGUCAUCGUCGAACUGUCAAGGUUGAUGGUCGCCACUAGUUCCCCGAGGAACUAGUUCUAGUAAAUUCUCCAUAGUUAUUAGCCCGCCAACCAAGAAAGAGGAACGCAAUGAAAAUUUGGACAAGCGAACACACAUUCAAUCAUCCGUGGGAGACGGUGGCCACGGCCGCCUGGAGGAAAUACCCCAACCCCCACAAUCCCGCAGUCAUCGGUACGGACGUGGUGGAGAGACAAGUGGUUGAUGGAGUGUUGCACACACACAGAUUGGUCAGCUCGAUAUGGUACUUUCCCAAGUGGGCCCAGGCACUAAUAGGUUCGGCAAAAGUGUGCUACGCCCGCGAACACUCCGAAGUCAACCCGAACACCAGACAGAUGAUCCUGAAGACCAUAAACCUGACGUUCUGCCGGCACAUCGCCGUCAACGAGACGAUAAAGUACACGCCCCACCCCUCCGAUCCCAACAAGACGUUGCUGACACAAGAAGCGGUGGUGACCGUCAAGGGCGUGCCACUCACCAACUACAUGGAGGAUCUGCUGACCAACCGGAUAUCGAACAACGCGGGCAAGGGCAGACAGGCGAUGGAGUGGGUGAUCAGCAAGAUCAACACGGAGGUGAAGGAUCUGACGCGCAGCACCGACGAAAUACUGAACCACACGAAGAAAUCGAUCGACGACAUCACGAUCAGUGCGAAAAAAUCGAUGGACGACAUAUCGCAGAAGGCAAAGAAGAGUCUCGACGACAUUCACAUACAAAGGGCUAACGCGUUUCAAGAAUGCAACUAGUCGAGAUAAUUAGCUAAAUUAAUGUUAUUAUUUGUCGCUGCAAAAUGGAAUUUCAAUGCCGUCACACGGGUUCACACACGUCUGAGAAGUAUUAGCAUUUAAUUGUGAUCGAGAUUGUACGAGAGGGAUUUCAGUGUACAAUAAUUAAUUGGGGGUUCGGCAGGCCGGGCCUGUUACCUGUACAUACAUUUGACAUUAUUUAUUCCACAUUCCUGUACCUUGGAUGUCUAGAUGUAAAUAUUUAUUAAUAAAUUUUUUGCGAAGA